AUGAAAGUUGCAUCGAAGAAAUGUGAAACAAAGGUGAGUCAGUUUCUCCACAGACGAGGAGAGUGGGGGAGGGGCAGAGAUCUCCCACGGCAUCGGAAGGAAGAGAUUGCCGCUGCCUGUGCCAGGCAUGGCAUGACGAUGCACCAAGCGCUAAGUCUCCGCCGGACCAUGCUGCGAUCCUUCAAGGGAGGUAUGGGGCGUGUGACCCAUUCUUCUAGCAUGGGCGGGGCAAAGGGGCAGCAGCAGGCCGCAACAUUGUUCGAGAAAGCAGUCGAGGCUUACCUGCGGACAACGACAGUGGGAUAUCAAGAUGUCUUUCUUACAGAGGCUGAACUACUCGCAGAGAUGAAGGCAGGGCGCCGUCGCCGAGGGCCCACUCCAGAUAUCCUCUUCACCCGCCCAGUUUCCAUCAAUGGCCAUCUCGUGAAAUGGGUAAGUUUGGGGCGGAAGAGCCGAUCUACAGCGCAUACGGUAGUCAGUCAACAAUACCUACAAUUGCACUCUCUACGUCCAUUCUCGUCUCACAUGGAGCUUAUUUACGAUGUGCAGAUCGAUGCCAAGCUGUUCUACGCGUCUGCCAUGUAUGCGCACAACAGCAAGCUUCCAAAUGGCAAGUUACAGGCAAUGGCCCAACGUUUCAACGAACACUUCGGUGGAAAAGGCGCGUUCGUUUUUGGACAAGGGUUCUGUGUUGAUCUGAAGAAAAGUGUCACAGGUGCUCUUUUGCUUGAUGCCACCCCAUUGGACCUGACCGAUUUGAAUGCCUUUCAGGAUGCGAGUUGA